GUCGCACAACGGGGAAGGGCUUGCGCAUGAUCAUGGUGCAUGCAAUCACGAAGUGGGGGCCGUUGGCUAAGCUUUGUGAUGGGUUACCGAUCGAAGAGGGCUGGUUCAGGGAAACGGGUAGCGGCAAGAAGGAAAUGGAAGAUGAGGAGACAGCAGAGUUUCUGUGGCAGGCUAAGUUGGCAAAGGGCGAUUACCACGCAGCAAUGACCGACUCGAUGUUCAUGGAGUGGCUUGAACACCGCCUUAGCCCUGCGUACAACGCGAUCCCGGAGUUCAAAGGCAAACGGAUGAUUCUUGUUCUUGACAACGCCUCAUACCACCAUGGAUUUGACGCGGAAGUCAAAGUGCCGGAAACCAACACCAAGAAGCACAACGUCGAUCUGUUGCGUAUGUUUGGGGCCAAGUCGAUCAGGGUUAGGCGUAAGGAGGGCGAACAGGGCGUUGUUGAGUACAACUUCGAGGUACCGACAGAGCCUGGUUCUUCAUUCCCUGCAGGGAACAGGGAGGGCGGUGUAAGCAGAGCGGAGGUAGCAACGGCCACUCGGGAGUACAUCCACCUCAAUCACCCUGAAAGGCUCGAGGAACGGGUGGUGACGUUCAUGAGGAAAAAGGGGUGGGCGUUGAUUUGGACGCCGCCCUACAUGCCGUCCUUUCAACCGAUCGAGCUUUUUUGGCAGCAUGGUAAGCAGUACGUCAGCCUUAACUUUGAGUUGAAGCGAAAGAUGCGGGAGGUGUGGGUGCAGAUUCGUAAAGGUUGGUACGGGGACAAGGAAUGGCCAGGCCAGGAGGGGGGGUGGAAGGCAGCCGAUUGUUCGAAGCUGGUUGACCACGCCAUUGGAGAGAUGAAUAAGUGGGUCAAGGACCGUGAUGGAGUGCUUUCUGGUACGAUAGGCAACCUCAAUAAGCCGGACAGGUACGUUACAGAUGAUGUGUCGCCCGUGGGUGACGUCGAGGAAGGGGUAAGGGAGCAGAUCCAGCAGAAAAGCGCAGAGUGGGGUGAUGGCAGCGACGAGGUUGAACCAUGAUGAGAUUUUUUGCGGUCUUGUGAUCGAUUGCUACGCCCAUGCACUGGGUGUGCCAUGUUCCAACAGCACACUAUGUGAUUGCUGUGCGCGGGGGCUUGCGUCCCUGCUUCCAGCUGCUGCAGUUGUCCUUGAAAAAAAAAUCAAAAAUAUUCA